GUUGGCUUUAUCAGAGCUCUGCACUUCUUUAAAAGGGCUUUUUAAGCUCUUGACCAGGGAGUGUGUUCCACCUCAUCCUGACACAUCACUCCUCAGGAGACAGCUGCCUUAGACUUCUCCAAGACCAAGUUUUCUUCCUUUCUGCCAGAACAAGAACACCAGAUACCUUGGAAUUAAGAGAGUUAUCAAGGUGAAGGACAUCUACACCAGCUGGAGUUGGUGCAAUCAGACCCUUCCUUAUGGAUUCUGGGAAGGCUUCUACCAGUAAAUUUUGUUUGGUUUGAUUAACAACUUCUGAAUUGCUGCAAGAAUCUGGUGAAUGAUCUUUAAUUGAAGAAUUAAAGGUCACCAAAACCUGAGUGCAAAUUACGAACUGCAGAAUUUUCCAGUUCAAGAAAAAAGGGAACAUAACAGAUGUUAAUGACCUCUACUUGAGCUCAACGUUCUUUACAGUGUCUUGGGUGGACUCUAGGAUGCCAGUGCUGCUAGCCAGCCUUCUGUUGCUGAUCUUCUUGCAAAGGCUGGCUGUGUCCCACCUCAUGAUGGAUAUGGCGCUGCAUUCCUUUGAUGACCAGUAUCUGGGGUGCAGAGAGCAGGUGAUGGAAGAACUGGAGCGAGGAGACUAUUUCCAAAAGGAAAUAGCUGCUAACAAGGACUAUUUAAGUCUCUGGAAGAAGGCUCGGGAGGCUUUGCUAAAGAGCCCUGUAGGUCUCCUGAGGGAGAUGCAUGAGAGCCAUGCCAUAGUCCUCAUGGCUUACACCAUGAACUCUUCCCUGCACUCUCAGUUGAACUGGGCCACAUCUACAGCAGGAAGCUCUCCGGAGCACUACAGAGACAACUUCAGUUUCAAAUAUUUUCACUUUUACCUAACGACUGCUAUCCAGAUAAUGAAGCAAUGGCAGAGCAGCAAGGAGAGCAUGGGGAAACAUAAGUGCUACCGGGUGCACAGGGGUGUAAAGGACUUGCAUAUCGAGGCCAUGGUAGGCAGCAGGGUGCGAUUUGGCCGUUUCACCUCCACCUCCCGCCUCUGGAAUGAAGCACAGAAGUUUGGGAAUGAAACUUUGUUCACAGUGACCACUUGCCUGGGAGCAGCUGUGCAAGGUUUUUCUUACUACACAUCUGAGAAGGAAGUCCUCAUUCCCCCUUAUGAGGUAUUCCUUGUCAAAAGCUUCUUUCGGACACAGCAUGGUAACCGACUGCAUCUGCAUUCUGUGGGGAACUACAGCAAGUACCACUGCCAGCUCGUGGAAGCUUCAAGAAAGAAGAACAGUGGUUCCACUGCCCUCGCCUCUGCCUUUCUUCCUAGUGUAGUUGGAGUUUUCAUGUGCUUGGCCCACAAUGACUGAUUCUCUGGCUGCACCCAGAUAUGUACACUUCAAUAGUGAGCAAGAAGAAUUCAGAGGAAAUCAGUUUCUGGUGUUCCUGUUGUUACAGAAGGUUCAACCCUCCCUUUGCUUUCAGCUGAGACUGGAACAUUCAGCCUGGUUCAUCAAAACAGACAUUCCCUGGACUCAUUCAGGGAGGAGGGCAGUUAUCUACGGCCUUUCUGAAGAGCAGGUCAGUGACACCCUUUAUUGUAGGUAGCUUUUCCCUUAGGCAUUCAGGAAAGACACAUGGACAUUGGACUCUACUGAUCUCUUAGUACUUUUAUUUUUAGUGAGAAAGAGUCUAUCUGUGGGAUGCAAAAGACACCAUGGUGGUAAAGUUGAGUGGGUAACUGUGCAGCCUUGCAUAUCUCCUUUGAGCAUAGGGUCCCAGGGGACAGUAAAGUCUAUGGCUGCUGCAUAGCAGUCUUUCACCACUGCAUGACCUCAUGCACCAAAGUCAUAGCUCUCAUCUCAGGCUGUCUGCAGCUCAUACAUGGGGGACAGAAGCAUCAAGCUGCCUUGAGACAUGAAUUUAGCAGCAGAGGAUCAUGAGACUUGUCAGGCCUGUCUUCAUCUUUCAUGUUCAACUACAGUAUUUCUUCUGAAAAACUCAGGCAGAUCUCAUGUUCAUUAACAGUCCUCUAGUGGCUGAUGAAUGCAUGUUGGUCAUUUCAUGCUGAAAGGAAGGAGAGCCUGUGUAACCCACUGCUGUCUUCAAGGGUGUUGGAUGUGACUGAAAUUAAUUUAUGUGCCUUUCUACUUUGCUAGUCUUCAAUGUGUAAUGCUGGAGGUUGAAUCAAUAUCACAAACUGGAAUUGGGACUUCCAAUUUGGCUGUAGACUCCUCUCACUUUUAUGUGUUCAUUUAGUUCUUCUGGAGCCGUAGACACCAAAGCCAGAACAGCUAUGAAGUUCUCCCAUCUCCAAAAAAUAGCAGUGUGGAAAUGAUAAGAAACAUUUUCUGCCUGCAAUUCCCCUUUCCUUCACCCCCACUGACACUAGCCCUGGGCUGAGGCUACAGUCAGAGAGGUUAUCUCCCUGGUCCAAGGAGACUAGUCAUGGUGAUUUAACUUUGCAGUGGAGUCAUCACAUAAUUGAACUGAAAAUCACUGAUGCAUUUCACAAAUGACCCCAGCUUUCAGACACUGCUGAUCUUAGCAGGAUGCUGGAACUGUAUUCACCACCCCCUGUCCAAAACAGUAAGCUACAAGUUAGCUAUCCAAAUAAGAUCUGAAUAUAAGAGGAUGACACAAGCUGCCAAUUAGCUGGUUAAUCAAAAGUAAGGACAGCCAAAAGCACCUGUGUGAACUACUUGACUCUCAGAGCAGCUCCAUAUAAGCUUGGUGCUGCCAUUCCCUUGGAAAUCCUCUGGCAAGGAAUGCAGAAUUUAGGCACAGGAGAAAUAUUAGCAUUAGAAAUUCAGGCACUUAAAGAAUUUAGAUAUCUUCAGGUUUUAGCAGAUUAAAUGGAGGAGCUUGAGGUUCAGCAUCUUGUGUGUGAGAUUUAGGUGCCUAUAAUGGCAGAGGCCAUCAUCUAGUCAUCUAAAACCUAGCAACAUGUUCUGUGAAACUGAACUACUGCCCCUGAAAUCUUGAGAGAUGCUUGCCCAGGCAGCUAAAACAGAUUUAAUGUGGAGUUAUUUUACUAUUAGCUUGUUUUAUAUCUAUAUUUCAUGUUGCUUUCUUUUUUGCUUUUUGUUUACCAGUGAUUUCAAAUAAUAAGGUGUCAGAACUUGAUUUUGAUCCCUAAAUGCUCAAAGAUACUAAGCCCCAAUUUCAAAAAAGAAUGAAAAUAUUAGAAACAGCUGCUGCAGAUACCUCUUGUAUGUGUUUUCAAACAUGCUUAAACUCUUUCCUAUGUGAGAAUUACAAGAAUCAAGAUGGAUUUCUGACACAUCAGCACAUUUAUGUCUCUUGCUGCUUUUCCGUUAUCGGUGGGAUGCAGGCUUCAACCAUUUUAACAAAGGUUUGGAAUCCUUCACAAGGUGGCUUCAGCACCCUGAAAGCCUCCUCUAAGUAGUCAGCUGCUAUUUUCAGGCUUCUCUUUAUGGAUCUGUGUCCUCGAAGGACAGCCUGUAGGAAAACAAGAAGUGAAGAGGAGGAAGGUAGAGAGCGAAGCCUGAGCUCUUGUGAUGUUCCACUUGAGGAGGAGCUGCCUUCUGUGGUACUUGGUGUCUCAUUUUGUUGCAGCAUCUUCACAAUAUCAGCAUAGUCCAUGAGAAGUUCUGAUACUUGGAGGGAUAAAGCAGGUGAACUCAAUAAUUGAUGAAUAGCAGACUCCACGGUGUCAAGGAAAUUGUCAUGUUUCAACAUCACUGCAAUGAUUACACCCAUAAUUCUUUCUACAACCCCCUUGUAAUUCUCAUAAAGUUCCUUUACUGCAGUGAUCUUGUCCUGCAGAGAGGUGAUGGGACCAGCGAUCUUAGCAUACAAACUAUGGCUGAUGCUCUCCUGUACAUCUUUGUCUUUUGUUUCCAUGGUGGCUUGCAUCUCUUUCAAAGCACUGACCAGAAGCUGCAGAUUGUCUUUAAUGCUGAAGUUUUCUUUUACUGAUAUGAUGGGGAAGUUGGUGCCAAGAUGUGCAUUGAGGAGUCGGAAUAUUGUGUUGGUUGAAGAGACAUAGAUGUACACUAAGUCAUGCAGAUUCUGGCAGGCCCUGACCAGCCUUUCUUUAUGACUCUUAAAACCGAGGCGGGCUAACAUUUUUGGAGUGGUGUCUGACUCUGAAAAGCAAACAGAGGAAAUCCAGAAGACACAGGGGAAUAAAACUAGAUAUAUUUUCAGCUAGAAUAUUACAUUUCUGAAACCAAUAUUACAAAUUAUCAAGCCACCUGACCUGCCCUCCCCCAAGACAUUACAGUUAGAAGAAAACACAGAAAAAGCUCUUUGUCAGCCUUUCCAGAGGUCUUACCAAGCAGGCCAGCAAAAUAUGGUGUAAACAGCUGCAAGUAUCGUUACUCUUAUGGCCGCAGGAAGUAUGACUCUGACCUUCAGCAUGCAAUCUGAAAAGCAAUUGAAGUGUGGAACAGAAGACCUUUGGAUGAUCUAAUGAUUGGGAACUAGCAUUAAAUAAACUGAAAUCUGUUAAAAUUGGAAGGAAGGGGAAAGGAGGAACAAAAUGAGAAGAAUCUGGGUAAACAUCACACAAUAGAAUUAAUGACAAGCAGGCAGGCAACAGGACCCAGCUGAAGCCCAGCCUCUGGAUCCCCAACUCAUCACAUGCUGCUGGAAAACACCAGAGAAACACAGGGGAAAGAGGAUGAAGUCACUGUCCCAUACACAUUUCGGCUGAUUGCAGGAGCACUCAGACAAAAUCAGCUUGAAGAAAAAGAAAGAUGUGUUAAGGAGUUUAUUCUCUUGACAGAGCUACAAGCCUAAUUCUGAAGAAUGGCGCUGAGUGACCUGUUUUACCCAGAUAACCCCAAAAGACGGCAAGAACUGAUCCAUCUGCACCAGGAAUUGCUCAACUGCAUGUCCAUAAAUUUCCGUGCAACAAAUGAGCUGGCUGGAGUGCUGAAUGAACACCUGGGCUGUACCAUCACCUACAUUCAAAUGAGAGAGAGCAGCACUGUCAAGGAAAACUGUGACAUUAUCAUUCGAGCGAUGACUGAGAUUCAGCAUCAGGUACAGAAGAUUGAUAGUGACAUGAAGGAAAAGCUAGAGCCUGUGCUGUACCAGAAGCUGUAUGACAUCAAAGAGCCUGAGUUGGAGAAAAUUGCAAUAGCCCAUAAAGUUUUUUCCAUUGUUCUUGGAGAAGCGACUUCAACAGCUGGGAUGGUAGCUAUCAAACUACUUGGCUCCAAUCUUAUAACUCUCACUGUCAGCAAGCUGGUGAGUCUCCUCGCGCAGAUUGGGGCAUCUGUUCUUGGGGGAAUCAGCAUCACCAUUCUCGGGCUUGGCAUUGAAAUGAUCCUCCACGCCAUCCUGGGAGCCGUGGAGAGGAAUCAACUUCUGGAAGCUGUGAGAAGCUACGAGAAGCACCUGGCUGAGUUCAAAGCAGCCUCAGAAAAGUACCAGCGUGCCAUACGUGAAGUGACUUCUUUGGUGAGACAGCAGGUUCAGUGAAUGAAGUCGGAGUUGUCUCUGCUGCUGUGACAGUGGCUGCAGCAGCUACACCUGCAGAAACCUUUUUGAUUCAUUAUGGCAAAUGAACAACCAAUGGCUUUUUUUCUUAUUAGUGGCAGCAGAGCAAGAGAUGUGACAGAUCAGGGAAUUGGCACUGAAAUAUAUUAAUAUGGAACUGAUUUAUAGGUGCUUCUGGGAGGUAUUGCUUCAAAUACUUCUCACCUUCAGCUAUUUUCUGGAAUGCAUCGUAGGUAACCUUGAACUGUAAUUCAUACUAGUUACAAUAAUAUUCACUGCUAGAGCAAUAGUGGUGAGAAGGUGUGAUUUUUCUCUUACUAUGUUUCUCUAUCAAAGAUGACAACACGAUGGGAGAAAACAAUUUCAAAAAGCCAGUCCAUGUCAUCAUCUGGAGGGCUCAUCAGGACAGCUGUGGUUGCUAAAUUCUGAAGUGUGGAUUAGUGCUAAAUCUGAUAGGCUGAAGUCCCUGCUCAUUGAACUGCUUAUGAGGACUAACUGAAGCAUAUUUAACUGCUAUUUCCUGUCCCAUCCCUGCCUAAGGAGCCAGCCAGAGAUCUUCUUUAAAUAAACUCUAAUCCCAGUAGAUUAGCAAAUUAAGAAAAGCAUGGGCCUACAGGCAAACACAUACAGCUGAGAGUAACUGGCUGUAGUGUUCCAGGCAUGCCUGGCUGUGAAUAACCUCUUAUGCUCAGUAAUGCCCCACUCCUGCCCACCCACAGGUAAAUAUUUCUGUCCACAGUUGCUCCUCUGUUAAUUGAAAUGGGAUUAUACACACGUACAAAUGCCUGUAGGAUUACAGCCCUAUAAAUGCACUACAUUUAUUUUCACGUGCUUUACCCAGUCCUGCCAAUGUUGGACUGCCAAGAGUGUGCUCAGAGUCUGCAUUUCACGAUAUGCUACCAAAUGUCUUUAUUUUUCAGAUUUUAAAAACAAAGCUGGAAGCAAGAACAUGAUUUGCAGUCUCUUGCUCUGAUUUGCUAUGGUUUGCUUUUUUUGCUUUGAUCUUUGAAGGAAAAAAAAAAAAGUAAUUUAAGAAUUAAUAAAAAUCUACAUGAAUAUUGUAAGA